CGGGGCGUAGCCGGGGCUGGGCUGCGCGCGCCUCCGGAGCGGCGGCGGUGGCGGGUGAAGAGGUCGCUGCUGGCGGGGCUGCGUGAGGCCUCGGGAGCGGCCGCAGGGUUCUAGUUGCUGCGCAAGCGACAGGUUCGCGGCUCGCGCGGGUGCGGUGGACGAGGACGGCAAAAAGGAGCAGCACCUGGAGCCGGGGCAUAGCCCACGACCAGGCGGCGGCGCUGCCGCUGCGGGUCUCGGGCGCGGGUUGGACGGCUGGAGCCAGAUAUGAAUUUGGACUUGCUUUUAUGAAGAAAUGUCUCGUAUCUUUACUGGCCCAAGAACAAACAUGUCCAGACUACUGCCACCUUAGGGGACCAAGACUUGUUGACAGCACUUCCCAGGCAUCAGGCGUGGUCUGAUCCAGGAACAGGAAGCACACCAUCACCAAUGACAUCAUGACAGCAAGAGAGCACAGCCCUCGCCAUGGCGCCAGGGCCCGUGCGAUGCAGCGGGCUUCCACUAUUGAUGUGGCCUCUGAUAUGCUUGGUCUCUCCCUGGCAGGAAAUAUACAAGAUCCAGAUGAGCCCAUUUUAGAAUUCAGCUUAGCCUGCAGUGAGUUGCACACUCCAUCGCUAGAUCGAAAACCAAAUAGUUUUGUAGCAGUGAGUGUAACCACCCCUCCUCAGGCAUUCUGGACGAAGCAUGCACAGACAGAGAUCAUUGAGGGAACCAACAAUCCUAUAUUUCUAAGCAGUAUUGCCUUCUUUCAAGACUCUCUUAUCAAUCAGAUGACACAAAUCAAACUCUCCGUGUAUGAUGUCAAAGAUAGAUCUCAGGGAACAAUGUAUUUACUGGGCUCUGGAACAUUCAUUGUCAAAGACUUGCUCCAGGACAGACAUCAUAGAUUGCACUUAACACUAAGGUCUGCAGAGAGUGAUCGAGUGGGUAACAUCACUGUGAUUGGCUGGCAGAUGGAGGAGAAGUCAGACCAGCGGCCCCCUGUGACCCGGUCUCUGGAUACUGUCAAUGGCAGGAUGGUUCUGCCUGUUGAUGAGAGCUUAACUGAGGCAUUAGGAAUCCGAUCCAAAUAUGCUUCGCUGCGAAAAGACACUUUGCUGAAAUCAGUGUUCGGUGGCGCCAUCUGCCGCAUGUACCGGUUUCCAACCACUGAUGGCAACCACCUGCGAAUCCUGGAGCAGAUGGCAGAAAGCGUCCUCUCUCUGCACGUACCCCGGCAGUUCGUAAAACUCCUUUUGGAAGAAGAUGCUGCCAGAGUAUGUGAACUGGAGGAGUUGGGGGAGCUGUCCCCUUGCUGGGAGAGCCUCCGGCGUCAGAUCGUCACUCAGUACCAGACUAUCAUUCUCACAUACCAGGAGAACCUGACUGACCUCCAUCAGUACAAAGGUCCGUCAUUUAAAGCAAGCAGUUUGAAAGCAGAUAAAAAAUUAGAAUUUGUUCCCACAAAUUUGCACAUACAAAGGAUGAGAGUUCAAGAUGAUGGAGGAUCAGAUCAGAACUAUGAUGUUGUCACCAUUGGAGCACCAGCGGCACACUGUCAAGGCUUUAAAUCAGGAGGCCUCCGCAAAAAACUGCACAAAUUUGAGGAGACCAAGAAACACAGUUUUGAGGAAUGUUGUACAUCUUCUGGCUGUCAGUCUAUAAUCUACAUACCACAGGACAUCAUCAGAGCCAAGGAGAUCAUUGCUCAGAUCAACACUCUGAAAACCCAAGUGAGUUACUAUGCGGAGCGGCUCUCAAGGGCAGCCAAGGACAGGUCUGCCACUGGUCUGGAAAGAACACUUGCCAUUUUGGCAGACAAGACCCGGCAGCUGGUUACAGUCUGUGACUGUAAGCUGCUCGCCAACUCCAUCCAUGGGCUGAAUGCAGCACGGCCUGACUACAUUGCUUCCAAGGCAUCUCCCACCUCGACUGAGGAGGAGCAGGUCAUGCUUCGAAAUGACCAGGACACCCUCAUGGCCAGGUGGACGGGCAGGAAUAGCCGGUCUUCUCUGCAGGUGGACUGGCAUGAAGAGGAAUGGGAGAAAGUAUGGCUGAAUGUUGACAAGAGCCUGGAGUGCAUCAUACAACGUGUGGACAAGCUGCUGCAGAAGGAGCGCCUGCAUGGUGAUAGCUGUGAGGAUGUCUUCCCCCCAAUUGGCAGCUGCACAAGCAAGAAAGGUAACCGAGACAGCCACGCCUACUGGAUCCGACCAGAGGACUCCUUCGAUGCUCUCCCCUCACCAUGCCCCUGCACCAUGCCCGCUACUGCAUGCCAUCCUCACCCAUCCACACAUUGCAGCCCCCCUCCUGAAGAGUCCAGCCCAGGUGAAUGGAGUGAGGCUCUCUACCCAUUGCUGACCACCCUCACAGACUGCGUGGCCAUGAUGAGUGACAAGGCCAAGAAGGCAAUGGUGUUUCUGCUCAUGCAGGACAGUGCUCCCACCAUAGCCACGUACCUGAGCCUGCAGUACCGCCGUGACGUGGUCUUCUGCCAAACCCUGACUGCUCUCAUCUGUGGCUUCAUCAUCAAGCUGCGGAACUGCCUGCACGAUGACGGCUUCCUGCGGCAGCUCUACACCAUUGGCCUGCUCGCCCAGUUCGAGAGCCUGCUGAGCACCUACGGUGAGGAGUUGGCCAUGCUGGAGGAUAUGAGCCUUGGAAUAAUGGACUUGAGGAAUGUAACCUUUAAGGUCACUCAGGCCACUUCUAAUGCCUCCAACGACAUGCUGCCUGUCAUCACAGGAAAUCGAGAUGGGUUUAAUGUGAGGAUCCCUCUGCCUGGCUCCUUAUUUGACUCCCUGCCUCGGGAGAUCCAGAGUGGCAUGCUGCUGCGGGUGCAGCCAGUCCUCUUCAACGUGGGUAUCAACGAGCAGCAGACGCUGGCUGAGAGGUUUGGUGAUACAUCUUUACAAGAAGUUAUCAACGUGGAGAGUUUGGUGCGGUUAAAUUCCUACUUUGAGCAGUUCAAGGAAGUUUUGCCUGAGGAUUGCCUACCUCGGUCUCGGAGCCAGACAUGCCUGCCAGAGCUGCUGCGGUUUCUGGGUCAGAAUGUGCAUGCCAGGAAGAAUAAGAAUGUGGACAUUCUCUGGCAAGCUGCUGAGAUCUGCCGCCGCCUUAAUGGAGUUCGGUUCACAAGCUGCAAGAGUGCUAAGGACCGCACUGCAAUGUCAGUGACACUGGAGCAGUGCCUGAUCCUGCAGCACGAGCAUGGCAUGGCCCCACAGGUGUUCACCCAGGCCCUGGAGUGCAUGCGCAGCAGGUGUGUUUGCAGAAUGAAACCCAGGACUAAACUCUGUCUCCUGUUGAUAAAUGCCUUGUUUCAAGCACUGCUGGGGAGCGCCUUACCUCACAUACCAAAAGAAAGGAUAAGAAACCUGCUUUCCCUGUCUCCUUCAAUGUAGUCACCAAUGCUGUUAAAGUCUCGUUUCCAAUAGUCACUUCUACUGAAUGUUCUGUAUCAUUUGUCCUCUCACCAAAUUCUUUAGAUUGUUCAAUUCUCUUAUCCUUUCUGUAUGUUUCUGCUGUUUUGACCUUCUCACACUAAUGCAUAAGAGGGAUGCCUGAGCUCCUGCCUCUUGAAAAUAUUUUGUAAAAAUAUAUUUGGUUUGUCCUUGUUUUGUCUUAAACUUAUUUGUUACCUUAUAAUAUUGGGUUGCAUCAUGACCUUUCUGACAACCCAAUAAUAGGACCACCUACUAAUUCACUUCUAAAAAUUUAUCUCCCUCCCUGCCCAUAAUCUCAUGAGAGCCAUGGGGACUCAACCCUCUACCCCAGAGCACUCAUGACUAAGGGUCUGUCCUCCCUGAGUCUUGGUGCUCUUCAAGCUCUGUCCCUGGUGCUAUAUGUGUGGCAAAGCCUAGGCUUCAAGUGACAACUCUACCUGGUUAGCUCUGAGGAGAUGGGAGGAGCUGCUCCAUCAGUAAGAUAAAAGAGAAAGAGUGUGUGAGGUCCUUGAUGUUGUUGCAGCAAAUCCUGGGACCAGGUCCAUUGAAUGACCAAGCACUGUGCUAGGUGUGGAGCUGAUGAGGAGACCUUUUUCUCAAUGUCAUGAACAAUUCAGUGAAAGAAACAAUUCAUUCUGAUAUAAGCACAGAAGCCUCAGGAGACCAGGGAAGAGAUGACUCCUUUGAGACACAGGCUGAGGCGCCGCAUACUGUGCAGCCCCGACUGCUGCCCUCUGGCCUCCAUGGGGUUGUGCAUACAGCAUCGUACACACUCUAGAAAUUAAACCACAUACAUUACUUUUUACAACUUUUACCACAUAAGUAAUUGAUAAUCCUUAUAGGAACACUAGAAAAGGUAGGUUAAUUCUUUCAUCAGUGUUUGCACAUAUAUAACUCCCAUAAACAUUUCCUUAAGAAAAAUAAUAGCAUUACUUCUUCAUACAUAAUUUUAUAAAUCUUUAACUUGCAUACUUUAUUUAUUUACUAUUUUUUUUAUAUAGAGACAGGCAAAGAGGAAGCAAGAGAGAGUUAAAGAGACCACAGCACCAUAGCUUCUUUCAGUUCAAUGUAGGCUUGAACCUGGGUCUUGCACAUGAUAAAGUGGACAUUAUACAGUGAGCUUAUUUUACCAGCCCUCUAAUUUAAAAUAUAUAUAUAUAUGUUCAAGCCCCUGGCCCCCCACCUGCAGGGGAGUUGAUUCACAAGUGGUGAAGCAGGUCUGCAGGUGUCUUAUCUUUCUCUCCCCCUCUCUGUCUUCCCCAUCUCUAUUGAUUUCUCUUUGUCCUAUCCAACAACGACAUCAAUAACAACAAUAAUAACUACAACAAUAAAACAACAAGGGCGACAAAAGGGGAUAAAUAAAUAUAAAAAAAUUAAGAAUGCAAUAAAUGUCCUUAUUUAUCCUCCCUUCAACGUUUGCCCUAUUUGAUGCCUUAAGUUUCUAACUUCUGCCUUUGUGAGACUUUUCAAUACAAAUUAACAAUUGCCCCACAUUAGUCACCUAGGUGUGUGUGUGCACGCACACACACACACACGCACACACACACACACACACACACACACACACACACACACACGGUCAUAAGUGCUUGCUCAUCUGCCCUCUGGUGUUCUCUUCUCUGUCACUAUUCUGAAUGCUUCUGGGUUUGUAAAGUUGGAGUUGAUCUCCUAGUUUGUAGAUGAGGCCUUGAUAAGGGAAGGACCUUUCUCGUGGGAACAAGACUUCCCUAGGCCUCUCUCUCUGCUCCCUAAUGUGUCUUUUUAAAGUUUCUAAUUUGUGGUUUUCUGGAUUCUUAAAUACUGCCACAGAAAGCCUAUAAUAUCUUAAUAAUUAAGAGGUUAGUAAAUAAAACAAAACUUCAUUUUAUUUCACCUCCAUCCACCCUAGUCUUUGUAAUUCCAGCCCUGGGUGCCAUGCUUGUUGCUGCCUUGGCUACCAGCCCUGCAGCUCUCAGGCACCAGCCACAUGUAUAUGUUUGUUUGUUUGUUUGUUUGUUUAUUACCAGAGCACUGCUCAUCUCUGGCUUAUGGUGGUGCAGAGGAUUGAACCUGGAACCUCAGAGCAUCAGGCAUGAGAAUCUGUUUGCAUAACCACUAUGCUGUCUCCCCCACUCCACAAGUAUAUGUUUUAAGGUGAUCCUGAUGCACCUGACUUCCAUGUUUAUUGAAUUGCCCCAUGUGAGGAAGGCCAGUAUCUGAUUACUAACUAUAAGUCCAAGGUGACUGGGUCACUAGCCAGUUUAUCUGACUGCAGUUGUGGCCAGGAUGGACCUGCUGUUUGGCCGAGAGCCUAAGGAGACAGCAGUAAAUACUGGCUAUUUCCUUGAGUGGAGGAAUGCAUCUUGGUUCUCUUGCUUUCUCGAUUGCUUUCUAUCAGAUAGAAGAAAAAAGCAUGCAAGCAAGUGGGUGGGGUUGGAGGAGAGGUGAGAUGGGGGACAGAGGAAAAGCUGACUCCCAGGCUCUAUCUUCUAGAAGCCCAGUGUGAGCAGUGGCCAGUGCUAUGCUAGCAAAUAUUUAAUAGCUCUCUCUAAAAAACAAACAAAACAAAAAAACCAACCUGAUCUCUUGUGUUUGCCAAUUCCUUUGACAUAAAUAUUACCACUGGGAGUUACCCAUUUUACCCAUUUCACAUUACCAGUUUGGCACUGUGGAACAUGGAGUUGGGAAGAGAGAUACACACUUGUUUUGUGAACCAUCUAAACCAGUUCCAGCUGACCUGGUAUUCCUGUGUCCCCAAUUUGAGGGGUGAUAUUUCCACAGAGUGAGCCUUCAAGAAGUAGCUUUAGUGACCCACCCAGCUGCCCUUGAUGGGAAUGUGGCCAUCACUCAAUGCUCAUAGCUGCCAUCUCACUUCAGUAUAGUUUUUCUGUAACCCCAUAAGGGGAAGGAGAACCCACCAUUUCCAAGGUGACCAUGGUUGACCAUGGGGAUCUCCUUGUAAAACAAUAACUUUUGAAUAGUUGGAAACACCAGGAACUCAUGCCUGGCCACUGCUUAACCUGAAAGCCAAGGCAAGUCUAACAGGGACUGCCUUUGGUUAAUAGUCAAGGUAAAUGGUUCUUAUCUGAAUGGUUGACCAAGAGGCAACUUUGGCAAGAUCAGUUGCACCACCCCUCUGCUCAGGCAUCUGUGAGAAGGUCAACUCCCUCACCCCAAUGGUUCUUCAUGUUCAGCUUGCUUUUCUGAAAUCCAUGUCUUUGCAGCAUGUGAGAGCAUGGCAGGGCAGCAUGGAGUUGUGCUUAGCCAGCCGUGACAGUGAACAUGGAAAACCAUUUAGUCAACCUACAUGUGUUUGUUUUCAAUAGACAACAGUAUUUUUCCUUAUUUUCACUUCUCUUUUUCUCCUUUUUUUCUUGUAACUGUGCUAUCUUUGUCUUGGUAUUCCUUUCUCUCAUUUGUUUAUUUAUUUAUUUACUCAUUUAUUUAUUUUGCAAGUCAUCUUUUCUUUCUGUUAUGGCUUCCUCCAUUUUUUAAAUCUUAUCUUUUGGUUCUUUCCCUUUUAUUCUGUACUUUUGAUAAAACCCAUUGCAUGUGUCUCUUUUUCUCUUUAUUUGCUCUCCCUUUUUCAUUUCCCUUUUCCCAAACUUUUUCCUU